AAGACGUCGAACACGUCACGGUCGGAAUCCAACAGCAGCCCUCCAUCCAUCAAUCUCACCCUUGGAAGCAAGCAGAGAGUACCUGCCCUUCCUUCUGCAACACUCCCCAACUACGAUCUACCUCGUCGAUCGAUAAUAUCACAGCCAACACUCUCUACUCUCGUAUCGACUCGCUCGAUACAUCAAAGUCCAUAGACCAACUACAAGAUGACUACUAUGGAUCUUCGCGUCGGUAAUAAAUACCGUAUCGGUCGUAAGAUUGGAAGCGGUAGUUUCGGUGAUAUCUACCUUGGUACCAACAUCAUCUCUGGUGAGGAAAUCGCCAUCAAGCUUGAGUCCGUCAAGGCCAAGCACCCUCAACUGGAGUAUGAAGCUCGUGUCUACAAGUCCCUCGCUGGUGGUGUCGGCAUCCCAUUUGUCCGCUGGUUCGGCACCGAGUGUGACUACAAUGCUAUGGUUCUUGAUCUCCUCGGACCCAGUUUGGAGGACCUCUUCAACUUCUGCAACCGAAAGUUCUCCUUGAAGACCGUCUUGCUCCUUGCCGAUCAGCUCAUCUCCCGCAUCGAGUACAUUCACGCCAAGUCCUUCAUCCACCGUGAUAUCAAGCCUGACAAUUUCCUCAUGGGCAUCGGCAAGCGUGGAAACCAAGUCAACGUUAUUGAUUUCGGUUUGGCCAAGAAGUACCGUGACCCCAAGACACACUUCCACAUUCCAUACCGUGAGAACAAGAACUUGACCGGUACCGCUCGUUAUGCCUCCAUCAACACUCACUUGGGUGUCGAGCAAUCUCGUCGUGAUGACAUGGAAUCUCUCGGAUAUGUUAUGCUUUACUUCUGCCGUGGUUCUCUGCCAUGGCAAGGCCUGAAAGCUGCUACCAAGAAGCAGAAGUAUGACCGCAUCAUGGAGAAGAAGAUGACCACUCCUACUGAGGUUCUCUGCCGAGGCUUCCCUAACGAGUUUGCCAUCUACUUGAACUACACUCGUUCACUCCGAUUUGAUGACAAGCCUGACUACUCUUACCUUCGAAAGAUCUUCCGUGAUCUCUUCGUACGUGAGGGUUUCCAAUAUGACUAUGUCUUUGAUUGGACCGUCUACAAGUAUCAGAAGAAUGCCCAAGCCAUUGCCCAAGCUGCCGGACAACAGCCAGCCCAGGAAGAUGAGGAGAAGCCUGGUCGCACCCGCACCAACGCUGCCACUGCCGGUGGACCUACCCCCCAGCACACCUCCAGUGCUACCAAGCCAGGAGCCAUUUCUGGAUCCCGCCGCAAGGUUAUUGAACGUGGUGCCAGUGGUGCUGGUGUUGACACUCCGGAUACGAACAGAGCCGUCGGUGGAAGUGACAGGAUGUGAGUGUCUCGCUAGCUCCGGUUCCUUUCUCCGAAAAUAGGCUGCGCUCUGCCUCGAGAGGUGCAGCAACUGGUACUGGAUAUGUUUCGGGUUCUUACCGGCCGAAGCGGGAUGAUCAGAAUGGACAGCAAUGGUAUUGAUUCUUUCUCUUUGGCGACACUCCUUGACCGAUUUCGACUCCGAUUUUCGACUCACGGCAGUUUCGUCUUGCUUAAUCUCAACCCCAUCGCUGGCCCUGCCUGAACUUGUCGUGGAAGACAUUGGUACUGGCUCGAGCUAUCACAAACUCUUC